UAGAGUUCAGAAUCCAUUGCAGAGUUGUUCGCGUUAGUCGUGUCGCCAAGCGUUCUAGAAUACAUUACGGUUUAUAAAUAGAAUUAUAUUUAUAUAUGGAUUUAGAUAUAAUAUUGCUACCACAGUGUUGUAUGUGAUAAUGUAUAAUACUAUAAUUUAUUUGGUUGGAUUCCUUUGUCUCGUCGGACAUUCAGACCAGAGAUCGACUCCCACAGAUGACAGCUAUGUAGCCGCUGUCAUUGAAUACCAAGUACUGUCCGAUAUCAAUACAAACCUCAACAACUACAUUCGGCUGAUAAAAGAGGCGGCUGACCAGGAUGCAGACAUUGUUGUUUUCCCGGAAAUGACGUUAGGAAGUCGGCGGGUGCCUGUUCCGAUACAUGAUGCACUCAAAGAUCAUCCGAUACCGGCAGAAAACCCUGGAAUUUACGAUGAGGUUCUGGUAAAAAUAUCAACGGCUGCUAAAGAGAAUGCGGUGUAUGUGGUCAUCAACCUUCAGGAAGUGAUGGACUGUGAGAACGUGACCGGUGAAUAUUGUCCAGAGAAGAAAGAAUAUCUUUUUAAUACUAAUGUGGUGUUCGACAGAGCCGGAGCUGUCAUUGAUAGAUAUCGAAAGAUAAAUCUUUUCGGCGAGUUUACAAGGACGCCAGCUCUAACGCCUGAUUUGGGCGUGUUUACAACUGACUUCGGUGUGACCUUCGGACAUUUUAUCUGCUUCGAUCUGAUGUUCCAAGUGCCGGCUGUGCAGAUUGUGCAGAAGAAUAACUUAACAGAUAUUAUCUUCACAACUAUGUGGUUCUCGGAGAUGCCAUAUUUGACUGCUGUUGAAAUUCAACAAGCCUACGCAUAUGCAAUGAAUGUCAACUUCCUUGCUUCUGGAGCCAAUAACGUCAGGGUUGGCAGUGCAGGCUCUGGAAUAUUCUCUGGCAAGGCCGGUGCUCUGGUCAGUAUAAUGCCCGGCGUUCCAACAACAAAAGUGAUGGUUGCCAGGGUACCUAAAGUUCCCGGUCAGGUGACUGGCACAUACCCUGGACCGAUUGAUGACGACGUGAACCAUGAUAAUCUGGUGCUGAAAGCCGAUCCUUCGUUACCAUCGCACACAAGCAGGCUGCUGGUACCAGGGUAUCAGGACUUCAUACUCUCAGAAGAUGGCGUCGUGUGCCGGUUCAAAGUAAACUUGAAACAAACUGAAAACACGACGGUGAAAUAUAGAGCUUUUAUUCAAGACAGUGGCAACACAUAUGUGCUACGUCACGUUGGUGUCGCAGCCUGCUCUAUAGUGGCUUGCGAGUUUCAUGACGUCACUUCCUGCCCUUACAAAUUUACCAGAAACCAAGGCGCGCAUUUCAAGGAGUUAGAAAUUAAAAUGUCAACAUACGGACAUAAAUAUAAUGCUUCGUUGAAAUGCAAUGACGUAGAAUAUUAUGGAAUAUCAUUAAAAAGUAAUCAUUACCCAUUGGAACCGAAGAAUUUUACAAUUACAAGCGAAAAUAAAAAUGGCGGCAGAAUGAAUUUAGUCCAUAAAAUUAAUUCGCCACAGAGUGAGUUGAUCUCAUUUGGAAUCUAUGGUCGGAUCUAUGACCGAGAUACGCCAAGGACAGCUGUACCUGCGACUGUUGAGGAUGUCAAUAAUUACAUCGAAAUUGAAAAAGUGAUUUACGGUUUGACAGAUAAAGAGCUGUGAUUUAUUUUGUGACUCGAAGAAAAAGAAUAUGCUUCUAUCUAUUCUAUUAUCUAUUUCAGAAUGACCUGUUGUGUACGAUUACUUUAAUACUCAAAUUUUUAUACAGGAAUUUUUGUCUUGUAUUUAUAAUGUAAAUUAUAUAUAUAUAAAUUAUAUAAAUAUAAUAUAAAUUAUAAACUUGUAUAAAACAUUUGACAUGACUAUAUACUGACAUAAUAUUUUUGUUUUUAGGACCUUCUAGUUCUAGUCUAGACUUAUUAAUGCUAGAACCACGGACGAGUAAAAAAAGAAGGACUCCGGUCCGUGAUAUUAGCAAGUAAAGCACCUUAAAGCUAGUGUGUGUGCGGUUACGGGGUAUACUAGUUACACAAUUUUUUCUCCCUUAAAUAAUCAUAUAUGGCCUUAAAUACUUAUAUAGUAUCGUUUUUACACUUUUUCAAAACGCACGACGGCAUUUUAAAAAUAUUUUAUUGAGACGCAAACUGAUCUCUCACAGACGAUGACAAUUCUCAUAAUGGCCGCCUAUCGGCUUGUAGUAGUGUAAGUGUGUGCGUGGGGCUAUGUAUUUACAUGUUAAUCGGCUUGUUUUGGUGCUACACUGUUGUGUAAUAAUAUUUAUGUAACAUCAAUCUAACAUGUUUAUGCAAAGAAAAACUUUGACUUUGAAAUCUUUGACUUUGACUUUAAGGUGACACGGAGUCCGUAUUUUAUACUAGUCCGUGGCUAAAACUUAUUCUUUUUUCUAGUGGUUGUCGUUGAUUGUAUUAAUUUUUUUUCGUUAGUGCUUUUUAAGACUGUUUUGUAAGCUAUUUUGGAAAGCCUUGUCGGUGUUUUAUAUUUUGUAUAAAUUUUAAAAAUGAAACAUAUGGUAGGUUAAGUUAGUAGGCAAUAUAUAACAGAUUCGCUUUUCAAUAAUUGUUAUUUUAAGCAUUAAAGACUAAUAUUUAAAUACAAAAUAGAACAAAUACUAAUAAUAUGCCUGUAUUAAAAGUCAUUCACAUAAAAUCAUAUACUAUCAAUUCUAGAUCAUCAUCAUGUAAAACACUCAUAUUGCUUGAAAUCUCGAGCGAUUGUCAAUUCCGCGGUAUCUUGAAGGGAAAACCAUAUUGAUUUCCAAGAAAGGGGGGGUAAUUGAUAGUUCGAGACUAUACUUCAAGCCGGCCCAAGUGUUGCUCCUAUUAUCACACCUCAGUAUCAGAUCAAAACAUCUGACCGCGUGCAAUGCUUGAAUUCUUGGCUAUCCAGUACUCUGAGAACGGCUCAGUCUCACUUGUCGUUAUGUAGAGACAUCGAUUUAAUGUGUGUCUUCGUCACCGCAUUUUUCAUAGAGAAAACUUUUUCGUGACAUUUCUGGCGCUGAAGUCUUUAUAUAACACCAUCUUCACCAUCUUGUUUGUCGUUACUCCGAAGUUUCAAGGAACUUUUUUUAUGACGGUAAGAGACGAGACGAGCAGGACAUUCAGCUGAUGGUAAUUGAUACGGCCUGCCCAUUACAAUGCAGUGCCGCUCAGGAUUCUUGAGAAACCCAAAAAUUCUGAGCGCACUACAAUUGAGCUCGUCACCUUGAGACAUAAGAUGUAAAGUCUCAUUUGGCCAGUAAUUUCACUAGCUACGGCGCCCUUCAGACCGAAACACUAUAAUGCUUACACAUUACUGCUUCACGGCAGAAAUAGGCGUCGUUGUGGUACCCAUAAUCUAGCCGGCAUCCUGUGCAAAGGAGCCUCCAACUAGUUUCUGCCACGUACAACCAAACAACGCAGUGUGGUUUCUUGUGCGGUGUUUGCACCUUUCGAAAAGGUCGGCAACGGUCCUGGGAUUCCUCUGGUGUUACAAGAAAGUUUCGGCAGUAUUGAUCACUAGACCUCCCUCAGGAGGACUGGAACAACUGUUAUUUACAAUAGUUCCAAAGAAUUCAAAAGUGAAAUAGUGAAGGACUUUGAACAACAUUAAAAUAUUUUAUAAACAUGACAUGUAGCAAGAGGCAGGUUAACGAGAAUUAAGAAACUUACAGUUUGAACUAAGUAUGUUGCUAAAUGUUGCAAUUUCAAGGAAUGUAUUCAUAUCAACAAUCAAGGAAUGAAUUGGGGUAAAAUUUGGUCUCGCUGUAACGUUUCUUUAUUUUUAAUUUAAUAUUAAACUUAUAAACUUCUAGAUGUACGAUAAUAUAGCUAGAAUUAUUGUGUGCUACAUAGACAAUGGAACAUUAUUAAUAAAAUGUUCAUUUAUUUGUGUUUUUCCUCCAAUUUGAACCACUCUGAAGAACAAUGAAAGGUAAACCAAAAUCUACAUCUUCGAGGUUCGUACGCUCCGCUUCAUAUAUUGUACAGAACUACAUAAUUUCUAAUCAAUACUCCUCAAAACGCGGUAAAUAUAUUUUCAUUACAAUGUGCUUUCUAAGUUCUGAACUUU